AUGUUCAUAUCUAUCUAUCUAUCUAUCUAUCUAUCUAUCUUCCAAAUCUGUUCAUCUAUCUAUCUAUCUAUCUAUCUAUCUAUAUAUCUAAAAAUCUAUCUAUCUAUCCAAAUCUUCUUUAUCUAUCUAUCUAUCUAUUUCUAUCUAUCUAUCUAUCUAUCUAUCUCAAUGUUUAUGUCUAUCUAUAUAUCUAAAAUGUUUCCUUAUCUAUCUAUCUAUCAUCUAUCUAUCUAUCUAUCUAUCUAUCUCUUCUAUCUGUUCAUAUCUAUCUAUCUAUCCAAAUGUUCUUUAUCUAUCUAUCUAUCUAUCUAUCUCAAUGUUUAUGUCUAUCUAUAUAUCAAAAUGUUCUUUCUAUCUAUCUAUCUAUCUAUCUAUUCAUAUCUAUCUAUCUAUCUAUCAUCUAUCUUCUAUCCAAAUUAUGUUCUUUAUAUCUAUCUAUCUAUCUAUCUAUCUGCAAUGCAAAAGUUUGAGGCAAUCCUGGGACGUUUGUUUCUCUUUCACAACAUCUCUCGCGCACUCUCUCAGUCUAUCUUUCACUCUCUCUCUCUCUUUCUCCCUCUCUCUCUCAUUCCCCCUCUCUCUGAACUGAAACCUUUUAAGAGAAUUUAG